AAAACAAACACGGCCUAAAUUGGUCCGAGACCAGACCAGACCAGAGUCAACUACACACAGUUUCAUCACCAAACAUCUGAAAACAGACGCAGUGAAGCAGAAGGAGAAAGAGGCCUGCGGCACAGUGAUGGAUCUGCACCAGUUACCGGAGGGCUGCAUAGCCAAGAUAGUAUCGUUGACGACUCCUGAAGAUGCCUGCCGCCUGUCGUUGCUCUGUAAGAUUUUCAAGUCUGCGGCGGAAUCCGACGCCGUUUGGGACAAGUUCCUUCCGCCUGAGACACCCACGAUCCUGUCCCAGUCCGGCGAAUCUGGACUAUUGGCCGCCAGUUCCAAGAAGGAGCUUUACCUCGCUCUCUGCAACAAACCUGUCCUCAUCAACGACGGUAAAUUGAGCUUUUCACUGGACAAAUGGAGUGGGAAAAAAUGUUACAUGAUAUCUGCAAGAGAGCUUGGUAUUGUCUGGGGCGAUACUCCCCAGUAUUGGAGAUGGACUUCUCAUCCUGAAUCCAGGUUUCCGGAGGUGGCUGAGCUUCUUGUUGUUUGCUGGCUUGAAAUCUAUGGGAAACUUGAAACACGCUUGCUGACCCCAUCGACUCUGUACAAAGCUUACCUUGUGUUCAAGUUUACUCGAAGGGCUUUUGGAUUUGAACACGUACGUGCUGAGGUCACUAUAGGUCUGGAGGGAGGAGAACAGAGUAAACAGACUCUGGUUUUUCCCAACGAAGGGGAGAGACCCGGGUGGUUGGAGAUUGAGUUGGGUGAGUUUUUCUGUGAAGGGGGAGAAGAUGGGCUGUUGAAAUUGCAUUGUUUGGCGAAUGAGGCUAAUAAUGGGAGGAGCGGUCUUGUUGUUCAAGGCAUUGAGGUCAGGCCUAAGAGGAACAACUAGUAGAAUUCAUCUCGUCUAUGGAAAAGGGUUUUGAUACUCGUUUUGUUUUAUAUUAAUCCUGUCUGUAAUCUAAGAAAAGUAUCACCCUCAAACAUUGCAGUUUUCUGCAAUUGACAUUAAUGAAUCAUGUGAAUGGCUUUAUUGUGUGAGGUA